AUGAUGUUCCUCUGGUUCGCUGUGAACGCGGUGUUAUUGUAGUUCCUUGCCUCCGCCGCGUUCCUCCUCCCCGGCUCCUUCCGUCGUCGCUGGCGGAACCGACUGCCUUCUGUCGUCGCCGAAGGCAUCACGUUUUCUCCCAUCAAAAUAAAGGAGAAGGAGAAGGCCAACAACAACGACAAGAAGAAGACACAGACUCCCAACCCUAGCUAGGUCCGUUGCCCCUGGCUCCAACCCUGAUCCCUUGUCGAUCACUUGAUCCUAGUCCUAUUCCUCUUGACUUCCAUCCUUCCGAACUCAUUUAACUCUUUCUUCUUCUCCCCUUCCUCGAGAUCCGGUUGCGUCCGGGUUCAAGCGUCCCAUUGAAAAUAGCAGCGAGUGCUUGAUUUACUCGAGAGCUCAGAUUUCCGAGUUUGAUUGGGGGUAAUUUACUGCGCUUCGAGAGUUGGACGGUAAUUUAAGUGGAAUUGGUUCCCUAAAAAGUGCCAUGGGGCCUCUUCUUUUCGUCAUCGUCGCAUUCCCGUGUACCGUGGGAGCCAUAUCAUUGGCUAUGCUUCAUAUAUACAGGCACCUGUUGAAUUAUACGGAGCCGACUUAUCAGCGCUACAUAGUUCGCAUUAUCUUUAUGGUUCCGGUUUAUGCACUGAUGUCAUUCUUGUCACUCAUCCUUAGUCAUCGCUCAAUAUAUUUUAAUUCUAUUCGAGAAGUCUAUGAAGCAUGGGUCAUUUACAACUUUCUUUCACUUUGCUUGGCAUGGGUUGGAGGUCCAGGCGCAGUGGUCUUGAGUUUAAGUGGUCGAUCUCUGAAGCCUUCAUGGUACCUAAUGACAUGCUGUUUUUCUGCUAUUCCACUCGAUGGACGUUUUAUAAGAAGGUGCAAGCAAGGCGGUUUACAAUUUGUAAUUCUGAAGCCUAUUUUAGUAGUUAUUACCUUCAUUCUCUAUGCAAAAGGGAAAUAUGAAGAUGGAAAUUUCAGUGUGGACCAAGCCUAUCUUUACCUCACAAUUAUCUACACGAUAUCAUAUUCUAUGGCACUAUAUGCUCUCGCUUUGUUUUACGUCGCAUGUAAAGAUUUGCUCCGGCCUUUUAACCCUGUGCCAAAGUUCAUUAUGAUCAAGUCUGUCGUUUUUCUCACUUACUGGCAGGGUGUUCUAGUUUUUCUCGCAGCCAAGUCUAAUCUUAUAAAAGAUGCCGAAGAAGCUGCUGAUUUUCAAAAUUUCAUUAUAUGCGUCGAGAUGCUUGCAGCUGCUGUUGGCCACUUCUAUGCAUUCCCUUACAAGGAGUAUGCAGGUGCCAACAUUGGCUCUUCUGGCGAUUUAAGGGCGAGCCUUUUCCAUGCACUAAAGUUUAAUGAUUUCUACCACGACACAGUCCAUCAGUUCGCCCCUACUUAUCAUGAUUAUACACUCUACAAUCACAACGAUGGUGAGGAAGGCGCCACAAAGUACCGGUCGAGGACCUUUGUGCCUACUGGCCAGGAGAUGGAUGCCGUGAGAAAGAACAAACAGAUGUACGCAGGGAAGCUGGAUGAAGUUCAGUUAUCUAGCGUAUCCACUUCGAGCUCAAGCAGCCCUGUGAAAUCAAGCACACGUGCCAGCCAGCCAGACUUGGAAGCAAUCAAAUCUUAUUUGCUCAAAGAAAGCAACGCUUCUUCUGCUCAACCAUAUGACCUUUCAGUACUAGUUGGUACCGAUUUAAUGAACUAUCCCGCCAAAGUUCCUGCAGUUGACGACAUGGGCAAUGAUGUUCAUCGAUGAUUCUUUUGUUUUUCUUAUGACCUCGUCGAUUGUGAGACAUAGGCCAACUCAAACUAGAUGCAUCAGUCAGUCAGGGAUCCACUUCUUUGUUUGCAAAUAGUCCUCAGUGUUUGUGUUGAUUGCCUCAGGAAGACUCUGCUGCUUGGUGCAAUUGCUUCGCAUCCAUCUCAUCUCAUCUCACGUGGACAGGGUGUAAAGUGUUUUCUGGGUAAUGUAAUGUGAUUUUAGCCCAUCCGUGAUUUGGAAUUUGCAUUUAAUCCA